UGGAUCAUGAUGCAUUGGUGGAUAUGAAAUUUGGGAUGCUCUGUGGAUCCUCAUCAGUCAUCAUCCACCUAGGUGGUUGUACUUCUUCCACCUGUCAUCUCCACACCGAUCACCUGUCCUUGGAUGUUAUAUAGGAGUAUAUGCAGUUGUGACGGUGCCUCGCCGGAGAUGGUGCGGAGGAGGCCGGGAUAGUAGACCUGCAAUGCAAUGCAGUAUGCAUUUUGCUAUGUCCUAAAGUUUAAGGGAGAGGCUACUGACAUUUGAAAGCUGUUCGUUCUGUUUUUCAACUCUGGGUGACUAGAUGCAUGUGCGGUAGUAGUGGUUUCAGGCUUGGUGCAUUUUGCAGAACCUCUGUCUGAAGCCAACGAAACGACACAGCGGCGAGGGCUGGAAUUCUGAAGUCCAUUCUGGAUCUGAGAUGGAACCAUGUUGUUCAUCGACGUUCCCGAUUGCCGAUGGGACCCAUAUGCUGUCACGCGGUUGGUUCGUGGGGCCCACGAGAGGAACACUCUUUCAAUAUAUGCUGUAGUGAUCAUAUAUAGUCAAACACCAGGUUCAUUCUCCCCCAGCUCCAUCCAGAAAGUCAGCAUCAUGGCCACCGCCGGAACCAAGCCGUCAACCAUGCGCGCCGUCCAGUACAGCGGAUACGGUGGCGGCGGCGCAGCACUCAAGUACGUGGAUAUCCCUGUCCCUUCACCGAAGAAAGAUGAGGUUCUUAUAAGGAUUGAAGCAGCAAGCAUAAAUCCAGCGGAUUGGAAUAUCCAGAAAGGCUUGCUACGUCCUUUCGUUCCUAAGUUCCCGUUUAUUCCAGUAACCGAUGUUGCUGGAGAGGUUGUUGAGGUAGGCCCUGCGGUUCAAGAGUUGAAAGUCGGUGACAAAGUUGUGUCCAAAUUAGUCUUCUGGAAAUCUGGCGGCCUCGCUGAGUAUGUUGCAGCAUCAGAGAGCAUCACCGUCGCCCGCCCUGCCGGAAUAUCCGCUGCUGAUGCCGCAGGGCUGCCCCUCGCCGGCUUCACUGCUUUGCAGGCCUUGAGGGCCAUUGGGACCAAGUUUGACGGCACGGGCAGCGGCAGCAACAUCCUGAUCACCGCGGGGUCAGGCGGCAUCGGCACUUACGCAGUUCAGCUGGCCAAGCUCGGAAACCACAAUGUCACGGCAACCUGCGGUGCACGCAACCUGGAGGUCGUCGCGAACAUCGGUGCCGAUGAGGUGCUUGAUUACAAGACCCCGGAAGGUGCGGCCCUGAAAAAUUCUUCGGGCAAGAAGUACGACUACAUCGUGAACAUCACGAGCGAUGGCAAGUGGUCGGCCUUCAAGCCGGCCCUCAACUUCCCUGGCAGAGUUGUCGACAUAGCUUCCAACUUUUGGAACUUCGUCGCAUCAAUUUUGACAUUUUUCUCCAAGAAAAAGCUAUCCAUUAUGAUUGCAUCGAUGGAGAAGGAGGACUUGAGGUUCCUGCUUGACCUGAUGAAGGAAGGGAAGCUCAAGACGGUUGUCGACUCACGGCACCCUUUUGAGAAGGUAGCUGAUGCGUGGGAGAAGAGCAUGAGCGGCCACGCGACAGGAAAGGUCAUUGUUGAGAUGUGAACUUCAUGCAUAUGAUCCUUUAUUGUAAACUAGAGUAGUAGCAAGCGCAUCCACAAAAAACGUUUUAAUCAUCUACUCCCUCUGCCUCAAAAUAUAAGACGUUUUUUGACACUAUUUAGUGCCAAAAAACGUCUUAUAUUUAAGGGAGAGGGACUAUUACUUUAUCUUGUAAAAGUUCAUAUGGUGUAACAGCACAUUCAGU